AUGACAACAUCAUCUAAAACCCCACAAUUUGGAAUGUUUAAACCAACCAGAGAUAAUAUUGACCUAGCAUGGCAGUUUAAUAGUGUAAAAGACAAGAAUAAUAGGAAGAAGGUGACAUGUGAUUUCUGUCAAGUUGAAACUAGUGGAGGAAUUACUAGAGCAAGACAACAUCAGUUAGGAAUAAGGGGAGACGUAAAAAGCUGCAGAAAAAUACCACCAGAUUGUAAGCUAUUGUUGCAGACAUAUUAUGAUGAGAAACAAGCACUAAAAGAUGGAAUAUUAAAUGAGAUGGAAGUUCAAAUUGACGAUGAUAUUAAUGAUGAUGUAGUUGAAAUAAGGAGAAUUCAAAGUGGAAAAAAGGCAAUUGAAGCCCCUUUACCGGCUGCCAAGAAGACAAAAGGUUCCUUGGAUUUAAUGUUAAUGAAAAAAGCAGAACACAAAUUGGGGAAAUACAAGAGACAAACAAGCAUAAUUGAUACUUGUGACAAAGAAGCAAGAGCAAGAACGGUACAAUAUAUUGCUCGUUUUUUUUACACAAACGAAAUUGCUUUCAGUGUUGCAAGAUCAAAAAGCUUCAAGUUGAUGUUGGAAGAAGUUGGAAAUUACGAUCUUCAUUUGAAACCUCCAAGCUAUCAUGAGUUGAGGGUUCCACUCCUUGAAAAAGAGUUGGAAUAUACAAAGGCUUUGUUGAAUGGUCAUCAAUUGCAUCGCGCAAAAUACGGAUGCUCAAUUAUGUCAGAUGGUUGGACGGACAGAAAGAAUAGGACUUUGAUAAAUUUCUUGGUGAAUUCCACAGCAGGAACAAUGUUUGUGAAGAGUAUUGAUGCUUUUGCCUACAUGAAAACUGAAAUUAAAAUAUUUGAGCUAUUGGAAAAUUAUGUUGAGGAGAUUGGUGAGCAAAAUAUUGUGCAGGUGGUUACUGACAAUGGAAACCUGAUGUUAGAAGAUAUCAGAAAGAUUGCUAAGGUUAAAACGGUUAUUCAAAAAGAGAUUAGUCUCGUUGACUUCAUUUAUAACCACACAUUGGCGUUGAACAUAAUGAGGAAGAACACUGACAAUGUUGAAUUGGUUAGACAUGGAGUCACAAGGUUUGCUACCACAUUUCUUACUUUGCAAAGAUUGCAUAAACAAAAAACCAACCUUAGAAAGAUGUUCACUUCAGAAGAAUGGUUGAAGUCCAAGGCAGCUAAUGAUCCUAAGGGAAAGAAGGCAACUCGUAUUGUACUUUUGACAUCAUUUUGGAAUGAUAUCAUCUACACUCUUAAGGUUAUGGAACCUCUUGUACAAGUGUUAAGACUUGUUGAUAAUGAGAAAAAACCUGCAAUGGGAUAUAUAUAUAUAUGCAGCAGUGAUCAAGGCUACUACCUAAAUCCGAAGUAUUUUUAUAGCAAACCAGAAAUUGAGAAUGAUCCCAUAUUGGUGGGAGGUCUUCACUUAUGCAUCAAAACACUUAGUGAAAGUCAUCAAAUGAGUGACAUGACUACAACACAAUUGUCAGAAUAUAAGAUUGUUAAUGGUCUCUUUGGAUUGAGUGGAGCAAUACGACAAAGGGCAACAUUAGUUCCCGUUGAGUGGUGGAAGACUUAUGGAGCACAUACUCCCCUUUUGCAAUUAUUGGCCAUUAAAGUGUUGAGUUUGACAUGCAGUUUUUCAGGAUGUGAGCGUAAUUGGAGUAUUUUUGAGUAUAUUCAUUCCAAGAAGAGAAGUAGACUUGAGCAUAAGAGGUUGGAAGACUUGAUUUUCGUUAAGUAUAACCAGGCUUUGAAAGAGCGAUAUGAUUGUCGUGAUGUGAUUGAUCCAAUCAUCUUGAAUGAUGAUGAUGAUUAUAUCAAUGAAUUUGUUGAAGAAUUAGUUUAUGCUGGUGAUAAUCAACUUGGACUGAUGUUGCCAAUGCAAGAAGUGGUGGUAGAAGAAGAUGUUGAAGAAGUUGAACCUAUUUAUGUUGAAGAUGAUGAGGAUGAGGAGGAGGAGAACGAAGAAUAUAUUGAAAUUGAUGGGGAAGAGGAGGAGGAAGAAGAGGAAGAAGACUAUGUUGAAAGAUGA